ACCAACCAAACUUACCAUUAUUGAAACCAAACAAUCGAUCGUUAUCGACGCAAUAAGUUAAAUUGAAAAACUAUAAUUACUUUUCCCACUCAAUAACAAGUUACGGUACUUAAUGCUGAUAACGGCGAUUAGCAAGUCGCCUUCCUCCUGCGAAGAUAAAAAACGGUGAUCUAUAGUGCAUUCAAUCAAGGAACGAAAAGUUUGGCAUUAAGUGUGUGGUGAACGAUAGCUUAACUGUGGAUUAUCGCGGCAAUAAUUCACCUUUCAUUGCUUCGACCGUGGCUAAUCCACUAUAACCCAUGUGAGACUUAUCUUUUCUUCCGGAAGAUAAACGGCAAUUUCAUUGAAUGAUAAAGGCGGCUAAAUAGUUAUUCGAGUGUCGGCUGACUAAUGAUUUCUGUACAGAUUUGAAUGCAAUUCAGGACUGUUUAAACAGCGUAUCAGCAGCACGAAUUGCUACUAAGUACCCUGUUUAUGUACAAAAAAUCGGACAUUAAUUGAUCAGUGAUUCGGCCGAACAUCACUGUGCACGAUGACUCUGAAGGACCUGUACAAGAACCGCGAUAAAAUGAAGCCAAAGCGACGCUCCGGAUGCCUGUGCCCGCUAAACCAGCAGGACAGCCAGGGAAAGUCCCCAUUUCCCGCUGCAGACGUCAAAACCCCAAAAGACGACGACCUGAUUCGCCAAGCUUUGAAGAAGAACGAGUUUCUUUGCAACGUCUUGACCGAGUUCUCCAUGGGGAAGCUGCUGGAGUGCUUCCAGCUGAAACACCUGGACCCGGGCGAAGUCCUGCUUGAGGAGGGCAAAAUCAACACGCAUCUGUUCGUGCUGAAGAACGGCACGUUUGAAAUAGUGGAAAACGAAAAAAAGACCUGCAAUGUCCCGAUAAUGGGAGUUUUCGGGGAACUUGCCAUCCUCCACUCGACUCGAGCCCCCCAAACCGUGCGGGCCGUUUCACAGGCUUCCGUGUGGACGGUCGAUGGCUCCAGAUACAAAGCCCUGAUGGUGAACGCCCGCAUGCAAAAAAGAAACGAAACUGUGGACUAUCUGAGGAACGUGCCCAGCCUGUCCAAGGCUUCGGAACAUCGGCUGUACAGCCUUUGCGAUAUUCUGCGCGAAUCGUGCUACGAGGGCAAGGCCCUGCUGGCCAAAGAGGACGAAACGAUUGACAAUUUCUUCAUUGUAACAUCAGGAAGCGCGACAAUCCUGGCCACCAACAGCUCCAGAAGACUGGACAAGCUGACCAGCGGGUGUUUUUAUGGGGAGAACAUUCUGAAAAAGGACACAAUCAGCCCCUACACCAUCAUAGCUGACUUUGGGGGCGUCACCUGCCUGGUGCUGUCCAGACAGGCGUUUCUGGACCACUACCAGGACCUGGACGACUUUCUGCAUGGGAAAACUUUCUCCUGCGAUCACCAGCGCCUUAACUACGAGGGGCUAGAACUGAAGCAGCUGAAGAAGCUGAAAACGCUGGGAGUAGGCGGGUUUGGGCGCGUGCAGCUGGUGCAGAACACCAAGCAAAAGGACGAGAUUUUUGCGCUGAAGCUGAUGAAAAAGCACGAAAUCAUAGGGAAAACCCAAAUAGAGCAGGUUUACAACGAGAAAAAGCUGCAAAUGGGCUGCGAUUGCCCCUUCAUAGUGCGUCUUUUCCGCACUUUCAGGGACACCAAAUACCUCUACUUCCUGCUGGAGCCCUGCCUAGGGGGCGACCUUUGGAACCUGCUGAAGCGCCAGAGGCGCAAAUACUUCGACACCGAAGCGGCCAAGUUCUAUGCAGGCUGCGUGUUGGAGGCCCUCAGCUACCUCCACUGUCGGGACAUAGUCUAUAGGGAUCUCAAGCCGGAAAAUGUGAUGGUGGCUUCGUCUGGUUACUUAAAACUGACCGAUUUUGGGUUUGCGAAAAAAAUCCUCCCCAAACACAGCUCGUACAGUUUUGUGGGAACCGCCGAGUAUCUGGCUCCGGAAAUCAUCCAGAAGCUGCCCCAUGAUAAGGGCGUGGACUACUGGGCCUUGGGCAUAUUCAUCUACGAACUUUUAGUGGGAAAGUCCCCAUUUCGCAACGAGGAGCACAACGAUCUGAAAACCUACCAGGCCAUUCUCAGAGGGUUCGAUUUCGUAACGUUUCCUUCCAUCAUUUCGCCCCGGGCCCGGAAUUUGAUUAAGAAACUUUGCAAACACACGUCGAUUGACCGGCUGGGAUGCCUGAAGAAUGGAGUCAAAGACAUCCAGACGCACCCCUGGUUCUCCAAGCUGGACUGGGAGAAGCUGAGGCAAAAAGAACUGGAACCUCCGAUUCGGAUCGCGCUUAAUGGAAAGACUGAUACUAGAUACUUUGAGAGUUUCAAGGAGGACAAGGAGCAGGUGAUGGAGGACUUUUCCGCGUGGGACAAGGACUUUUGAGCACUGGUUUGCUUAUGAGAUUGUAAAUAACAAAUAAAUUUAGGUUCCCUCAAAGAGAAUAUAUUAUCAAACAACGUUA